AUUCAAAGUAGUAGUAGACUGAUAGUUUAAAAGUUGUUUUGCUCUUUUGUAAGCCUUCUUCUUCACAAAAGUGCUGUAAUGGCCGGGGCUGUGAAGAGAUUUUAUGAUAUUACAGCUAAAUUGUUGUCUGGAGAAACCUUGGCUUUCUCUGCGCUGAGAGGAAAAGCCGUCCUGAUUGAAAAUGUGGCGUCUCUUUGAGGAACAACAACCAGGGACUACACUCAGAUGAACGAGCUCCACUCCCGCUACGGACACAAGGGACUUGUCAUUCUGGGUGUACCCUGCAACCAGUUUGGGCACCAGGAGAACUGCAAGAACGAUGAAAUAUUGAGAUCUCUGAAGUAUGUCCGUCCAGGAAAUGGUUUUGAGCCAAAUUUCCAGCUCCUUGAGAAGGUGGAUGUGAAUGGUACAGAUGCCCACCCCUUGUUUGUCUAUCUGAAAGAAAAGCUCCCUUUUCCGUCCGAUGACCCCAUGGCUCUCAUGAAUGACCCAAAGUCCAUCAUUUGGAGUCCUGUCAGAAGAAAUGAUGUGUCCUGGAAUUUUGAGAAGUUUCUUGUUGGUCCUGAUGGUGAACCCUACAAGCGCUACAGCCGCAACUUCCUCACCAUUGACAUCGAGGCUGACAUUCAAGAGUUACUUAAAAGGGUCCAGUAGUAGUCUAUAAUGUUAUAUGUGUUCAAACCAAGGUUAGUUUUUAUAUUUGGGGAAAACAGCUCUGUCUUUUGAUUAUACUGUGUAGACAAAAUGUGUGUGUUCAAUAUUACUAAAGACAGAAAUCCAAAAUCAUUUAUUACAGCAAUGGAAUUGACAUAAAAUGGAAGCCCAACAGACUUGUUAAUUUUUCUUAAACAACACUGUAUUGGAUUUUUGUCUUUGGGAAUAUUUAACACCCAAAAUUCUCCUACAUAUAUUAUACUCAAAAUAUAGAGUAGUUUUUCCCUUGCAAAGAACCACCCCCAUCUCCAACCGGGUACCUGUUUUUGAAAAUCAUUUUGAAAAGUUGUAUGUACCCAUGCAGCACUCAUUUUUUUUCUUGAUAAUUUUAUAUAUAUUCCUCUAUAUCACUGUAAGAAGACUAUCUCACAAAUGUAAUAUUUUUAACACACUGAAUUAUGAAGUCUGUUAACUUAAUGAAGAUGCUCUUUUAAAGCAUUUGCACAAGCAGCAUCUGAUGCAUGUGAAAGACGAAUUAUGCCACUGUGUUGUUAGUAUUUAUAUCGGAUAGUCUUUAAAACUAAACUAAAAACGCAUAUUUUCUUUAAUAAAACUGUCACGCCUA